AUGUCAAGGAUUGACGCUCUUGCGAUCCAAGGUGUCCGGUCCUUUGGGAUCGGACAUAAGGAGUCGAUCAAGUUCAACACUCCCCUGACCUUGAUCGUAGGAUACAAUGGAUCAGGAAAGACCACAAUCAUCGAGUGCCUAAAGUACGCAACUACCGGCGAACUACCCCCAAACAGCAAAGGCGGGAACUUCGUCCACGAUCCCAAGCUAUGCGACGAGAAAGAAGUCCGGGCUCAAGUCAAGCUUCGCUUCUUCGCUACUAGCGGGAAGGAGCUUACCCUCACCCGAAGUCUCCAGGUCACAUUGAAAAAAAAUACCCGGUCCCAAAAGACGCUUGAGGGCUCGCUUCGAUGGGUGCAUAAUGGUGAACAAGGAGUUGCUUCCUCAAAGACCAGUGAGUUAGAUGAGGAGAUCCCUAAGCAUCUGGGUGUCUCCGCAGCCAUCCUCGACAGCGUCAUUUUCUGCCACCAGGAUGAGUCGCUCUGGCCCCUCAGCGAACCUUCUGUUCUCAAGAAGAAGUUCGAUGAAAUCUUCGAGGCCGGCAGAUACACCAAGGCGGUUGACAGUCUCAAAGUCUUGCGAAAGAAACAUGGCGAAGCACUCCGCAUUCUGAAGGAGAAGUCCAUCAGCGCCAAGAGUAACAAGGUGAAGGCCGAGAAUAUUGAGAAGAAGUCGCGAGAUCUCCAAGCAGAUAUCGAGAAAUUGCGCGAGAAGAGCGAUGAAGCGACGAAGGAGUUGAAGGAGAUCCAGGACGCGACCACAAGGACUCGCGAGGAAGCAAACCACUUCCUGGGAAUUGUUCAGGAGCUUAAAAACAAGAAUGAGCAGUACCAGUUUCGUCAAGAUGCUGCUCGCGAGCUCCGAAACACCAUCGAAGAGAUGUCGGAGUCGGACGAGUGGCUAGAGAACACCCUAGCUCAAUAUGAGCAACGGCUGGAAAGCAUGGAGAACGAGAUUGAGGACAACAGGUCACGCCAUCUCGAACUGCAAAAGGAACUCGCUUCCUCCAGGAAAACUCAGACCGUGAAGCUCGCGGAGAAGGGUAAGCUGCAGUCUGAUAAGGAGAAGUACGAGCGUCAACUGCAGACCCGCAUCGACAUGAUCCGCGCAGCCGCUGCUCGACAUGAAAUCCGUGGUUAUGAUGGUGAUUUGGAGGACAAACAUGUCCAUGCCUUCGAUGAGCGGAUACAGAAACUCCUGACAGAGAAAAAGCGAGAGCUUGACCGUCUACAAAAGAAUAACCAGCAGGAGGUGAGCGAAGUCUCUGAUACUAUCAGCGAGUUGGAGAGCCGCAGGUCCAGCCGGAUGCAAGAUCGCAUAUCUGCUAGGCAGCGGAUUGCCAGCAACAACAAUAGAUCGGAUCGCCUUGGCACCGAGAUCAAUGCCUUAAACUUUGACGAGGGUGCUAUAGCAGUCCUACAGUCGACACAGAAUGACCUGGAUCAACGUUAUCAGAAGGUUCAGGAGGACCUCGUGACGGCAGGUUGGGAUAGGAAGAUCCAGGAGGAGGAAGACCGACUACGCCAACUUGAAAACGAGGGCGAGAAGUUGAGCCGAGAGCUUGUUGAGUGCACAAGAUUGGCAACAGAACGGGCCCAGCUAGAUCUUCGCAAGAAAGAGCUCGUCGAACGUAAGCGCAAGUUGGAUACUCUGACCAACACCUGGAAAGCCAAAUUGGAUGCUAUCAUCGGCUCCGAGUGGCAAGCAGAGACCGUCGAGUCUGACUUUCAAGUUGUCUUGAAGCAGCAAAACACCAAGGUCGCUGAAGCCCGUCAACGUGUCGAAGCCAAGCAGCAGGAACUGAAGCAACUUGAGUACAAGCUCUCUACUGCUCGGGAUAAACGCAAGACCCUGUCUUCCGAUUCUACGCGAUGUCAAAAUGCGGUCCUUGCCAUUCUCAAGCAGGGAAAAGAAGAUCCAGACUCUGUCGUCAUCGAAGACUACACUGAAGAACUUGAUGAACUGGAAGAUGAGAAGAUUUCACUUGAGAAGGAUCUGGCUCUAUAUGACAAACUGAAAGAGUACUACACCAAGUCUCGGACAUAUUUGGACAAGUACAACAAAUGUUCCCUCUGCGAGCGAGGCUUCGAUGAUCACGAUCAGUUGCGUUCUCGGUCGAGAUUGAUCAAGAAGAUUGCGGACAAUAUCAGUGACGAGGAAAAGGUCAAACUGGAAGAACUUAUGUCUUCUGUCGACAAAAAUCUGAAUCAGAUGCGUGGGGUUCGUCCUCAAUACGAUGCAUAUCGUAGAGCAAAGUCUGAGCUACCUGCCGUAGAGAAAGAAAUUGAAGCCGCGGAAACACAGAAGGGCACAGUUGUACGGCAGCUGGAGGACGAGGACGUGGCUCAUCGGGAAGCAGACGAGAAACGACAGGACAUUGAAUCGAUGAGUAAGGCUGUCCUCAACAUCUCUCAGACACGCAGAGAAAUCUCGGAGUCAGAGAAGCAGAUCGACAGAUUGGCGUCACAACAGUCGUCUACGGGAGCCAUGCGAAGCGCAGAUGAGGUCAACGAACUCCAAGCCACCUGUGCCGACCAAACCCGAACUGUGAAGCAGAAGCUUGGCAAGUUAAGUGUCGACAGACAACGCAUGAAGGAUCUCUUGAACUCCCUCGAGCUCGAGCGAAGUGAACUGAAAAACAAAUUGAGCAGCGCUCAGCGACAGCUUGAGCGGAAGACAAAUUUGCUUGACCAGAUUCAAAUGCUCAGAGAUGAGAACGCCCAGCAACAGAUGAUCGUUGAGCAGACUGAUGAGGAUAUUGGGGCUCUCGAACCGGAGAUUUCCAAGGCGAGAGAGUUAAAGGAGGCUACCCUUCAGAGAGUACGUGCUAAAGAGCAAAAGGUCGCAGAGGAACGCGACAAGAUCUCGCACACUGUCAGCGAACUGAAGAUGAUUGACAAUGACAUCCAAGACUACAUUGACCGAGGCGGCGCUUCAGAAUUGACAUCCAUCGAGCGAUCCAUCAAGGUCCUCGAUGAAACCAUGGGUCGCUACGACAAGGAGAUGGCCGACCUGAUGGCAGUCAUUGAUAAGCAGAAGCAGGAGCUGGCCAAUGGUGAUCGUCAAAAGAAGAACAUCAACAAUAAUCUGAACUACCGCAAAAACCUCCGCCUGUUGGAAAGGCUGGCGCUGGAGAUCAACGACUUGAAGUCGCGGAAUGCGAAUGAUGAUUACGAUCGUCUUCACCAAGAGGUGACUGGACUUGAGAGCCAGUAUAACAGACUCUUUGCCCAGCGGUCUGGUUGGAUGAGCGAGAUGAACGCCAAGGAUAGUGAGCUUGGCCGCUUGAUCGAUGAAUGGGAGCUCGAAUAUAAGAACGCUGAGGUCUUGUACAAAGAGACCCUCAUCAAGGUCGAGGGUGAGAAGGGUGCUAUUGAGGACUUGAAGGUAUAUGGUGAGGCACUCGACAAGGCCAUCAUGCAGUAUCAUUCUCUCAAGAUGGAGGAGGUCAAUCGCACUGCAGGCGAACUGUGGCAGGCGACCUAUCAAGGCACGGAUAUUGACACGAUUCUCAUCCGUUCGGAGAACGAGACUGCGACGGGAAAGCGCUCCUACAACUAUCGUCUGUGCAUGGUCAAGCAGGAUACCGAGAUGGACAUGCGUGGCCGGUGCAGCGCUGGCCAGAAGGUACUGGCAUCCAUCAUUAUUCGCUUGGCGCUCGCAGAGUCGUUUGGUGUCAACUGCGGUCUGAUCGCGCUUGAUGAGCCUACUACGAACCUGGACUCGGACAACAUCCGCUCGCUCGCAAUCAGCUUGCAUGGGAUAAUCAAGGCCCGUCAGGCUCAGUCUAACUUCCAGCUCAUCAUCAUCACUCACGACGAGGAGUUCCUGCGCCACAUGCAGUGCUCGGAUUUCUGUGAUACAUUCUGGCGAGUCAAGCGCGAUGACAGACAGGAGAGCGUCAUUGUUAAGGAGAGCAUCACCAGGGUUUCGGAGGUCAAUGUCGCCGAUGGAACUUCUCCCUUUUUUGUCCCGGAGAAGCAGUAA